AACAGGACCAGCAUCAGAUUAUCUCCUAAAAAUCGCUCCUCCCGAGUCGGCGAGUCUCAUCCCAAUCUCAACGACCCAAAACUCUCUCUCUCUCUCUCAAUACUUUCUCUCUCUAGAAAACCUGCAAUUUUUGGAACGACAGCAUGAUUUGGGACGAGUGGGAAGAUUACAGCGUUCCAGGCGGCGAAGAAUCCGACCAACACUCUCACCUCAAUUUCGAUUUCUUAUCAAACCUCUCCAAGCCCAAGGAUUACUACAAGAUUUUGGAAGUUGGCUAUGACGCUACGGACGAUGCGAUUCGAUCCAAUUACAUACGCCUUGCCCUGAAAUGGCAUCCGGAUAAACAGAAAGAUCAGGACAGUGCCACCUCCAGAUUUCAAGAGAUAAAUGAGGCUUAUCAAGUUCUGAGCGACCCUGUAAAGAGGAGAGAAUAUGACAGUAAGGGGAUGCUAUAUGUCUUUGAUUACAAUUUAAUUGAGUAUCUCAACCGUUACAAGGGCCUCAUACUGACGUGUAAUGGAUUGGGGAUAAGGCAUUCAAUUUGGUAAAGCCAAUACAACAUGCACAGAUAGAUAUCCUUUUCAGUACAUCCGGGAGAAUUUGCAUAAUGAAAUGCGACAUAAUUUUUGAAUCUGCAAGUGGCUCAUUUGAGGACAAGGGCCUGUGGUCUGGGUGCAUUGAGGGUUACUACUGGCUUGUGCUUAUGUAUAAAUAGAAACAAGAAUAUCACCAUCAUUGUGUGACAUCUUGUACUUGCCUAUGUUACCUCUUGUUGGAGGGUUGUGAUUAAAUAAUAAUCUUCUCUCUUGCUUAUAAUUUUAUUAUUAAGCAAGCAAAGAUUACUGUAUAUACACGUAUAUAUUCACACACACGCACACACGCACACUUUCAAAUCAAAAGCUUGUUGUCCUAUAAGAAGUGUGUGGCGAACCACCUGCGCG